AUGGCCGUCUCUAACCAGCUCCUCAAGGUGCCUUUUCUAAGCAUUGCAGUUGUUGGUGUAAUAACAGUGCUCCCCAUGGAAUGCGUAGUAUUUACUGGUGUUCCUCCUAGAAAGGGUCUCCCAUUAGGGGUGGCGGUCUUCUCACCCACGGCUUGUUCUUCACUUGUGUCAGGAUCUGGUGGAUUGGGAUAG